GGUGGUGAAUCCAAUAUGAUGUUUUCACCAUUUCUCACUUGUUUUCGGAACUCUCGGCGACACUGUCAUUGAUCACAUAAGCCAAAACAUUCAAGCAACCACCAUAUUGCUCUCUCUGUCUCCCUCUAUAUAUAUCCACAUACAAACCCUCUUAGUCAGGUGCUAAUAACAAAUUAACACUAACUAAACAUAAAAAUUGUUAGUACAAACAGUUUUUCCAUAGCCAAGGUAGUCUAAUUGGCAAAAAAUUCAUUCCCCUCCAUGGCCACCACUGUAGAGGAACGUUCUCUUCCUACCUUCUCGACAAUCGACCGCUGCCCGUCAAUUGGUCGCGAAAAACAUACCGUGAUGGCGGACAUGGAUGGCACUUUGCUUAGAGGACGGAGCUCAUUCCCUUACUUUGCCCUCGUCGCGUUCGAGGUCGGCGGCAUACUAAGGCUUCUCUUUUUACUACUGGCGUCUCCACUCAUUGGCCUGCUGUACUACUUUGUAUCGGAGUCAGCCGGCAUUCGUGUCAUGGUUUUUGCCACCUUCGCCGGCAUGAGAGUUUCCGACAUCGAAUCCGUGGCGCGUGCGGUACUCCCCAAGUUCUAUUCAGCGGACUUGCACUCCGAGACGUGGAGAGUCUUCUCUUCAUGUGGGAAACGCUGCGUUUUGACCGCGAACCCCAGAAUCAUGGUGGAGCCGUUUUUGAAGGAGUUUUUGGGUGCUGACCUGGUUCUGGGGACUGAGAUCGACACCUACAGAGGCAGAGCCACUGGGCGGGUUCUCAAUCCCGGAGUUUUGGUCGGUGAAGCCAAGGCCAACGCGCUUAACAAAGCGUUUGGCAACGAGCCCUCGUCCGCACCAGAUAUCGGGCUCGGUGAUCGGAAAACGGAUUACCCAUUCAUGAACCGAUGCAAAGAGAGCUACGUGGUUCCUGCUACGCCGGAAGUCGAGGCGGUGAGCCACGACAAGUUGCCAAAACCGAUAGUGUUUCACGACGGAAGGCUGGCUCAGAAGCCAUCGCCGCUCAUGGCUUUGCUUAUAAUUCUUUGGAUCCCGGUCGGUUUUCUUUUAGCUUGCUUGCGAGUAGCAGCCGGCUCACUGCUUCCUAUGCACGUCGUAUACUACGCUUUUUGGGCGUUGGGCGUACGGGUGUAUAUCAAAGGGACCCCACCACCUCCCGCCAAGAAAUCCACAGGCCAAACCGGAGUUCUUUUCAUUUGCUCCCACCGCACUCUCCUCGACCCGAUUUUUCUCUCGACCGCUCUAGGCCGGCCCAUUCCGGCCGUGACCUACUCUCUCUCGCGCCUGUCGGAGCUCAUCUCGCCAAUUAAGACCGUCCGGCUCACCCGGGACCGGGUCAAGGACGCGAACCAGAUUAAAGAGCUCUUGGAACAAGGCGACCUCGUCAUAUGCCCCGAGGGAACAACGUGCCGGGAACCAUUUUUGCUCCGGUUUUCAGCCCUGUUCGCUGAGCUGACAGACGAGCUCGUCCCCGUAGCCAUGUCAAACCGGAUGAGCAUGUUCCACGGGACGACGGCUCGAGGAUGGAAGGGGAUGGACCCGUUCUACUUCUUCAUGAACCCUAGCCCGGCGUACGAAGUGACGUUUUUGAACAAGCUGCCUUACGAGAUGACUUGUGGUGCCGGGAAGUCGAGUCAUGACGUGGCGAAUUACAUACAGAGGAACAUCGCGGCGAGCUUGUCGUACGAGUGCACCACCUUCACGCGGAAGGACAAGUACCGGGCUUUGGCGGGGAACGACGGCAUCGUGGCGGAAAAGUCUAAGCGCGCGGCUACAGCUAAGAAAAUUAUGGGCUGCUAGCCAUAAUUGGUGUGUGUGUUUUUUUUUUGUUCCUUCUCAUAAAUUUAAUCGCAGAUAAUCACAUGCAUAUAACAACUUAUGCAUGGUAAUUAGUUGAAAUACAUUUACUAGUUUAAAUGUAUUUGUUAUUCCUUUGCUUUGUACUUUCGCCUAGUCCUAGAGGUCAAUUGUGAGAGAGAUUUUUCAAUGUGAUUGGUACACGAGGUGGUACAUCACAUGUCACUAUACAAAUUGUGAGAUAUAUAUAUUAAAAAGUUAAUAACUUAAAAAGUAAAAUUUUCCACCACUUA